AUGGCAGGACCCCCCAACGUCAACAAACCCAUGGAUGUUAAGCAGAAGGAGGCGGAUGUGAACCGCAAGCUCCAGAUCUACGGCAUCAUCAACGCCUUCAAGAGCGGCAAAGUUCCCUCUAACGAGCAAAUCGAUGUCGCCUUGAACAGCUUCCUGGAGUCCAAGCCGCUCUCGAAUCCUUCGCAGAAGCUCUCCGCCGACGGCCAGGGUCUGGUGGCUGACGUCAGGGAGGUGGUGAGAGAGGCCAAGAACCUGCUGCUGUCCAAGAACGACGGCAAUCUGCUGCAGGACUUUAUCUGGCAGACUCAGCAGUUCGACCAUAAGAACGUGUCGGCACCCGAUGUUCCUGUCGGCAAGGAGCAGGCCCAGCAGCACGGCAACCAGGCCCUUGAAGGCCUGCGGACCCUGGGGACUCUGCUUAUCACCAACGGCCAGUUCCGAAAGCUGCUCCAGGAUGCCACUAUCCUCCUCCGAGAUAUGGCCAGCGAUGCCGCGACAAAUGCCGCCGCCCGCGUUAGGCCCAGCCAGGAGGACCUCGCCCAAAUUGACGCUCCCGCCCAAGACAACGUUUGGCACGAUACCCCUGAUCUUUCCAAGGAGGGCCUGAAGGGCAAGCUCCAGGAAUACUACAAGGGCAACCCCAAGGAAGACGCGAAGGCUGCCGCCGCCGAAGGCACCUCCGCUGCUCAUCCCGCCGGGUCCUCAGAGCCCCAAGAUGUCGCGGCUCUCGCGGCGCAGGACCGUGCUCAGAGGGAUGGUCCUUCCUCCGGCGUCAACGCAAGUGGAGGCGCCGCGGCUGCCAAGGACGCGUUGAAGAGUAAUGUCAACGAGAAUCUCGACGAUGAAACCAAGGAGAAGGCCAAGUCCAAGCGCGACGAGUACCGUAAGCGUGUGAAGGACUACUUCUCCCGGAAGAUGCCCCAGGAGCGUCGGGACCAGACGAUCUGGCGCCUGAAGAAAAUGGUGCUCGAAUGCCAGCAGCACCCCGAUUACUACCAGGCAAUCGAGACAUUACUAGAUCUUGCUGAGGAAUACGGCGGCCAUGCGAACCGACUGGCGAAGGGAGGCUCAGGCACCGUCAAGGAUGCCAGGUCCAGUCUGGUCCAGGCCGAAACCGACCUGAAGACCUUGCUUGAGCGCUUCGCGAACGGUACCUCCAGCGACGACCUGUGGGAUUCCAUCAACACCAUAUACGAAGAUGCAGACCGAGACCCGCAGCUCCGAAACUGGUUCAAGUCUCUCAACACCUACAUUCGCCGUUGCCUCAAGGAGCAGGGCUACAUCCUGGAGGACGACUCCAACGUCCAGUGGAACCGGCUGUACGACGAGGGCAAUUACCUCCUGCGUGACAAGUACCGCGGCCAUACGAACCGCAUCGCGGACGAGAUCAAGUUCCUGGCCGACCAGUUCGACCAGGACCCGCAGAACAAGGCCUUUGCCGCCUCGCUGACCAAGCUCUUUAACGACCUCGGCAACGACGAGGACGGCAAGCCGACCUUCAAGCCUCACCUGGUCAGGGACCUCACCGACGUGAUCCUGCCGGCCGUGUUCGAGAAGGUUGCCUACAUUCCGGUGCCGCGGAUUGAGUACUCGGAUCCCAAGUUCGACGCCGUCAUCGAGAACCUUGUUCUCGAGAGCGACAACUUCAUGCCCAACCUGUUGGAGAUUUACAGCGAGAACUACAUGCGCUUCGGUCGCAAGAACGUCGCCGGCAAGCGGAAGCACUCGGUCGACGUCAAGGUGGCCGGCGUCCAGAUGGACCUCCGCGACGUCAGCUACUACAUCAAGCGCAAGCAGGGCUUCCCCGCGAUCACCGACACCGGCGUGGCCAACUUCCUGCUCGCCGGCGACGGCCUCACCUUCCGGAUGAAGCUGUCGUCGGCGGACGAGCACGACGCGCAGCGCUUCUUCAAGAUCGACAGGGUCGACGUCGCCCUCAAGCACAUGAACAUCAAGCUCGUCCAGUCCAGCCACAAGCUGCUCUUCAGCGUCUUCAAGCCGCUCAUGCUCAAGGUGCUGCGCCCGGGCGUGCAGAGGGCGCUGGAGAAGGCGAUCCGGGACCAGGCGGCGCGGCUGGACGGCCUGCUGUUCGAGAUCAAGCAGGAGGCCGACCGGGCGCUGCAGGAGGCGCGCGAGGAGCCGGGCCGGGCGCCCAACAUCUACAACCGCUACAUCACGGCGGCGCAGAAGCGCGUGCUGCAGGGCCAGAAGAAGGCGCAGGAAGCGGCGGCAGCGGCCGGCAAGAAGGUCAACUACGCGGUCACCAAGGAGGACAGCAUGUUCCCGCACAUCCGCCUGCCCGGCGGCAUCAGCUCCAAGGCGACCGAGUACCGCGAGCUGGCCCGCCGGGGCGACAAGUGGGAGAGCCCCGUCUUCGCGCUGGGCUCGGCCGCCGCGAGCCGCGACGUCCCGCCCGCGCCCACGGUCGUGCGCAAGUCGCAUGCUGCAGCCACCGCCGCCGCCGCCACCCCGCGCGACCCGCUCAACGGCGGCGCUCCCGGUGGGAACACCCACACACAGGCCGUCAAUGGCGGGUUCAAGGCCCAGCCGCCCGCCUUCGAUCCUGCCGCCCCGACCGAAUACUAA